AAACUCAGAGAAUUCAUGGUAUCAUUGAGAUAAGUAGGUACCCAGAUCCAAAGAACUACUCUUAAAAAUGGGCCACAUACAAGAUCAACAGGAAUCCUUGGAAUUGGACUCUUUUCUGGAACUCCACAGAUACCAGCUUAUAUCCUCAGGGGUUCCAGAACAUUUCUGGGAUUCGUUGAACAGCAAAUUGAUAAACAAAACUUUUGAUGCAGGUAGUUCAUUUCAGAUUGUCAGGCUUGAACUUGAAUAUGAAGAAAGAGAAAUUCAUGAACCCCAUUGGGCACUCCAAUCUUUGUGUUUUAUGGAAUGUGAUGAUUCCCAACAUAUUUAUCUUAUUGACCAUGCCUGGACUUACAAAAUUGAACAUGCUAAGCAACAACUUUUUGAACAUGAUGGAUUGAGAGUUAGAUUGGGUGAUAUGCUUGGACUAGAUAUCAAUAUUUCAACAGAACAAUUAGUAGAUGACAUUUUCAAUAACAUGUGGAAAAUCAAUAAUUAUUAUUCUGUUAGUAGUGCUGAAAAUGUUGAAGAUAGGCUACCAGUUUGGUAUGUCAUGGAUGAAGUUGGUAGUUCUGUCUCCCAUGAUGGCCAUCCAAAUUGCAGAAUUGUACCAUUCUUUUACAUCAAGGACCAGAUCACUUAUUCAUUACUGUUUCCAAUUGAGGAUAUACAAUUGGAAGAUUUACUUUACAGAGAUUUUGGGGAAGGUAUAGCACCAGAGAAGCGUCCAACUCAACUCUUACCUUGGUCUCCUAAAUCAUUUGAAGACUUCGACACUAAUCCACCUAUACCAGAUGAAGAAUACUAUUUGAGUGGGCAUGUUGAAGAAAGUUUGCCUGACUUGAAAAAUUUGCAUAAUAGUUCUGUCAGAUCAGGGAAAGAUGUUUUGAAAGUCUUCUCACAAUACAAUUUAAUAAAAACACACUUGACUUCAAAUAGAUUUGAUGUGGUAGAAAGCAGAAAUGAAGCUGACAUUCUCUGGUACACACAACAUUUCAAAGAUUUUCAAAAACUCAGUGACAGUCCCCAUCAAUUUAUAAACCAAUUCCCAUUUGAAUAUGUUUUGACAGUCAAGGAUCUCUUGAGUGCUACUUGCCGCAGAAAACAGAAUGUAAACUGGCUUCCCAUCACAUAUAAUCUACUAUCUGAAGCUCCAAAUUUCAUCAGCUGCUUUCAAAAACGAGAUAGAGAAGGCUUAGAAAACUACUGGAUAGUCAAGCCAUAUAACUUAGCUAGAGGUCUAGAUAUCCAUAUCACAAACAAUUUGGAUUAUAUAUGUAGACUUAUUCCUACAGGACCCAAAAUUGUACAGAAAUAUAUCACAAAUCCUGUGCUGUUCUACAGGCCUGAGUGUAAUGGCAAAGUUAAAUUUGAUAUCAGAUAUGUCUUGUUAUUGAAGAGUGUGAAGCCUCUUCAAGCUUAUGUGUAUAAGAAAUUCUUUUUAAGGUUUUCAAAUCAACCUUUUGAACUGAAUGACUUUGAGGUAUAUGAAAAGCACUUCACAGUGAUGAACUACACUGAUGGUGCUCAAUUGAAGCACAUGAAUUGUGAUACAUUCAAACUGAAAUGGAAGAAACAGUUUCCAGAAAAUGAGUGGAAAGGGGUGGAGAAAUCUAUUUUGGAAAUGCUCAGGGAGAUACUAGAAUGUGCUACAAUGGCAAACCCUCCUUGUGGUAUUGCCGAGAGCCCACAGUCUAGGGCUCUUUAUGCAGCAGAUAUUAUGCUGGAAUGGACAGAUGACAAGAAAAUACAACCCAAGAUUUUGGAGAUAAAUUUUACACCUGAUUGUUCAAGAGCUUGUGAUUAUUAUCCUGAUUUUUAUAAUGAUAUAUUCAGUUUGCUAUUUUUGAAUGUGGAAUCUAGUUCAUUUUUAUCAUUGUAGAGUUCCUCUGUGUUGUUUGAAUAUUUUGUGAUUUGCAUCAUUUUUAUUUUUGGAUGUUCAAUCUAGUGGUCAAAUUUGAACACUUCUUCACUCUAGUUUUAAGUUGUUGACAAAUUUAGAAUUUACUAUGUUUAGUUUGUUUUUAUUACCAAUUUAGAGUUUAUAUUUUUUAUUUUUAAAUAUGUAGAAUAUGUUCAGUCAAACCAGUUUCUGUAUGAUUAAAUAUAUUUUGUUUCAACAGCUU